AUGGCUUCUGGAGCGUUUUUCAACCCCAGGGUCCUCCUCUUAACAGCUCCCCUCGUCUCAUCAAGCAUCACACUCUGGUUCGCCCGUGACCAAAGUUUCUUCCUCACCCUCUUUACCAAGCCUCCCAUUGAGCGCAAGAAGGCCAAUGAGAUCCUCCCAGGCUACAUCAAUAAUUUCUACGGUUCAGGCCCGUGGGCGGUGCUCACUUUUAUUGGCCUAACAUUCGGCACUUCAAUCGUCAAUAUCUGGUCUGACCGCGCUUUGCUCCGGUCUCGCGGCUCACUAUUCUGGUACGGCUGGUCUGCUGCACUGGCGCUGGGACAUCUUGCAUAUGUGCCUGCUGUAGCGUGGAAGCUCAGGGCGCUGUGGGAGGACAAUUGCGCUGUGGAGGGGACGGAUAAUGUUGGGAUGCUGGAGAGAUGGUUGGCUGUCAAUAAUUUGAGGAUGUUGACGACUGAUCUUGGGGCAUGGCUUUGUGCUGCUGUGGCUAUUUCAAAGACAUUGACUGUCUAA